AAACACAAAAUUUGUUUACAUUUUAGAAUUUUGCACUACUCUAGACGUUUUUAAUAUUUUAAUAAAAAAUUUUAAUAAAAUAUGCUGGCUACAACAGGAAAUAUUUUAGCAGCUACUGCUGGCAUACCAGAUAAAUCAUGGCAGCCGAAUUUUGUCACACUGGAGACCACCAUGGGAGAAAUCACCGUAGAAUUAUAUUGGAAACAUGCUCCCAAUACUUGUCGCAAUUUUGCUGAACUAGCUAGACGUGGUUAUUACAAUAAUGUAGUAUUUCAUCGUAUCAUUAGAGAUUUUAUGAUACAGGGUGGUGAUCCCACGGGCACGGGACGUGGUGGCAGUUCUAUUUAUGGCGGUGAGUUUGCCGAUGAAAUUCACCCCGAUUUAAAGCAUACCGGGGCCGGUAUACUAUCAAUGGCCAAUUCGGGUCCCAAUACAAAUGGAUCACAAUUUUUCAUUACUUUGGCACCCACACAAUGGUUGGAUGGUAAACAUGCCAUUUUUGGUAGAGUAUACGCCGGUAUGCAAGUGGUUAAACGUAUAGGUUUGGCGGAAACUGAUAAAAAUGAUCGUCCCGUCGAUAGUGUGCGUAUUUUAAAAGCUAAAGUAGAUAAAUUAUAGUGUCUUUGGAAUAGUUCUAUUUUAUUAUAAGUAAAUAUUUUAAAUAAAUGAAGAUGUUAAACUUAAA